UUCUUCUCCGGCAGGCUUGAAAGCAAAAAUCAAGGGCAGAGUCGGAGCAAAGACGAGAUGCAUCGUCCCAUUUUUGGGCAUUCUUUUGCCGUGCUCGUGGCACCCAUCCUUCUCUCCGUGCUCGCGUUCAAAUUUCUCAAUAAGAAGAAAGUUGGCGUGAAUGGAAAUGCAAAAGAUGCUGGUUCUGGCGCAUCUGGUUCAUCAACUGUGACAACGGAAGCUGAUUCCAGUGGAUCUAGUUCGUUGACCCCACCAUCUAGAAAUCACUAUGAGGUGUUCUUGAGUUUUAGAGGACUAGAUACUCGAAAAGGAUUCAUCGAUCACCUCUACAAUGGGCUCAUCGAUGCCGGAAUUCAUGCUUUCAAAGACGAUAACGAGCUCCGCCAAGGCGAGAAGAUCAGACCAGAUCUUUUGGCAGCCAUUAAGAACAGUAAGAUCUUGAUCCCCAUUCUUUCUGUGAAUUAUGGUGAGAGCAGUUGGUGCCUAGAUGAACUGGUUCAAAUAAUGGAGUGCAAAAAUAAUAGCACGGGGCAUAUAGUGUUGCCCAUAUUCUACAAAGUGGAAGUAGCUCACGUGCGGCAUCAAAUCGGGAGUUUUGGAAAGACAUUUCAGGAGCGUGAAAGCCGUUUGCGCAAGAGGGGCUUUGACCCAAUGAUUUUGGAGAAGUGGAAGCAAGCACUCAUCGAAGUCAGUUCCUUGAAAGGAUUCAACGCGGAUGGGUAUGAAGGAGAAUUGGUGAAAUUGGUCGUCCGGAAAGUCUUGAAUGAGUUGAAGAAAGAGUUUGAGUUGGUUAUUUCUGAGAAUUUGGUCGAAAUCGAUAGACAUAUAAAGAAGGUUAUGGAAUUUGUCAAUAACAAUUCUCGUGCCACCCUAUUUGUGGGCAUCCACGGGAUGGGAGGUAUCGGUAAGACAACUUUUGCUAAAACCAUCUACAACAAGUUGUCCAACAAAUUUGAGCAUCGUAGCUUCAUUGCUGAUAUUAGGGAAUCAUAUAAGCGUAAUGGCCCUGAAUACUUGCAAAAUCAAUUAAUCCAUGAUAUAUUGAAGCAUACUAAUCAAGUUUCUAAUAGGGAUGAAGGGAUUAGGUUUAUCUCAUCCAAGUUUAAAGGUGAGAAAGUCCUAAUUCUUCUUGACGAUGUGGAUGAUGAUGAUCAAUUGAUGGCUUUGGCUAGAAAUCACAAUUGGUUUUCUUUGGGAAGUAUAAUCAUUAUUACCACCAGAAACAAGAGUAUUCUUGACAAUGCCGAGGUGGACUACAACUAUGAACUUGAGGAAAUGGAUGAGGAUAUAUCUUCGAUUUUGUUUAGUAGACAUGCAUUUAGAAAGGAUGCUCCACCAAGUGAAUUUGAUGUGCUCACUCGUGAUGUUGUAUCCACCACCGGAGGGCUUCCCUUAUCCCUAGAGGUUUUGGGUUCAUUUCUACGCGAUAAAAAGCCAAACAUAUGGAGAGAUACGAUAAAAAAAUUAAGAAAGGUCCCUCACAAGAAAGUGCAAGAAAAGCUAAAAAUAAGCUAUGAUGCAUUAGAGUAUGGACAACAACAGAUAUUUUUGGAUAUUGCUUGUUUUUUCAUUGGCACUGAUGGGAGAAUCGCAUCCUACAUGUGGGACGCUUGUGACUUCUUUCCAAAUGAGGGAAUUGAAGUAUUGAGAUCGAUGUCAUUAAUAAAGGUUGGAGACGAUCAUGAGCUCAUAAUGCAUGAUCAAUUGAGAGAUCUUGGUAGAGAUAUCAUCUGCAAGGAAAACGAAAGAGAGCCUCAAUACCGUAGCAGGUUAUGGGACACCAAGGAAGUUAUGGAAGUGCUAAGGAGAAAUAAGGGCACAAGUAAGAUUGAGGCCCUUUGUCUUCACAGAUAUUUUGAUUUGGGAGGAAGCUACACAGCCUACACAGCUGAACAAUUUAAAGAAUUGACCAACUUGAGGUUCUUUCAAGUGAACAAUGCGAAUCUCACCGGAGAUUUUCAGAACUUGCUUCCUCAGUUAAGAUGGCUCAAAUGGAAUAAUUGUCCCUCGGAUUUUGAAGUGACCAACUUUCAUCCAAAGAAAUUAAUCGUGCUUGAUCUAUCGUGGAAUCAGAUUUUGAAGGACUGGAAAGGAUGGGGUCCACUAAAGAUGGCAACCGAGCUCAAAGUUCUCAACCUCGAGAAUUGUGAUUUGAGAAGAACUCCCGACUUGUCCGCUUUCAAGAGCUUGGAGAUUUUGACUCUUGAAUAUUGUGACAAUCUGGAAGAGAUUCAUCCUUCUAUCCAAGACAUCAAGACCCUCAUCUCCUUGAAUGUCAACGGGUGUUCGGAACUGAAGGAGCUACCGCUAGGAGUAGGUAGAAUGGAAGAAUUAAGGGAGCUUCUCAUAAAUGACACUAAUAUACGAGAGAUUCCUAUUUCGAGAGGUUGUUUGAUGAAGCUGGAGACUCUAGAUGCCUCAAAUUGUGAACAACUUGCUCAACUUCCAGAAUCCUUAGGCUCACUUGUGUCGUUAACUCAGCUGGACCUAUUAAGGACGGGAAUUGAAGAAUUACCUGAAUCAAUUGGUUCUUUAAAGAAGCUCAAGACUCUUGAUGCCUCUUAUUGUGCAUCAUUAGCCCACAUAUCAAGCUCCAUAGGCAAUCUAACAUCUCUCUCUCUCCUUGACCUAAGGGGAUGUAGUAAACUUGCUCAACUUCCGGACACCAUAGGCUCCCUCGUGUCUUUGCGGAGCUUAUCAUUAUCAAAAUGCCACUCGCUGAGAAAAAUCCCAGACUCGAUCGGAAAGUUAGAAUCAUUGACUGAGCUACAUUUAGAAUCUACAGCAAUUGAAGAAUUACCUGAGUUCAUUGGUUCUCUCAAGAAGCUCAAGACUCUUGAUGCCUCUUAUUGUGUAUCAUUAGCCCACAUAUCAAGCUCUAUAGGCAAUCUAACAUCUCUCUCUCUCCUUGAUCUAAGGGGAUGCAGUAAACUUGCUCAACUUCCGGACACCAUAGGCUCCCUCGUGUCUUUGCAGCGCUUAUCAUUAUCAAAAUGCCACUCGCUGAGAAAAAUCCCAGGCUCGAUCGGAAAGUUAGAAUUAUUGACCGAGCUACAUUUAGAAUCUACAGCAUUUGAAGAAUUACCCGAGUCCAUUGGUUCUCUAAAAAAGCUCAAGACUCUUGAUGCCUCUUAUUGUGCAUCAUUAGCCCACAUAUCAAGCUCCAUAGGCAAUCUAACAUCUCUCUCUCUCCUUGACCUAAGGGGAUGCAGUAAACUUGCUCAACUUCCGGACACCAUAGGCUCCCUCGUGUCUUUGCGGAGCUUAUCAUUAUCAAAAUGCCACUCGCUGAGAAAAAUCCCAGACUCGAUCGGAAAGUUAGAAUCAUUGACUGAGCUACAUUUAGAAUCUACAGCAAUUGAAGAAUUACCUGAGUUCAUUGGUUCUCUCAAAAAGCUCAAGACUCUUGAUGCCUCUUAUUGUGUAUCAUUAGCCCACAUAUCAAGCUCCAUAGGCAAUCUAACAUCUCUCUCUCUCCUUGAUCUAAGGGGAUGCAGUAAACUUGCUCAACUUCCGGACACCAUAGGCUGCCUCGUGUCUUUGCGGAGCUUAUCAUUAUCAAAAUGCCACUCGCUGAGAAAAAUCCCAGACUCGAUCGGAAAGUUAGAAUCAUUGACUGAGCUACAUUUAGAAUCUACAGCAAUUGAAGAAUUACCUGAGUUCAUUGGUUCUCUCAAGAAGCUCAAGACUCUUGAUGCCUCUUAUUGUGUAUCAUUAGCCCACAUAUCAAGCUCCAUAGGCAAUCUAACAUCUCUCUCUCUCCUUGAUCUAAGGGGAUGCAGUAAACUUGCUCAACUUCCGGACACCAUAGGCUCCCUCGUGUCUUUGCAGCGCUUAUCAUUAUCAAAAUGCCACUCGCUGAGAAAAAUCCCAGACUCGAUCGGAAAGUUAGAAUCAUUGACUAAGCUACAUUUUGAAUCUACAGCAUUUGAAGAAUUACCCGAGUCCAUUGGUUCUCUCAAGAAGCUCAAGACUCUUGAUGCCUCUUGUUGUGCACAAUUAGCCCACAUAUCAAACUCCAUAGGCCAUCUAACAUCUCUGAUUCUCCUUGACCUAAGGGGAUGCAGUAAACUUGCUCAACUUCCGGACACCAUAGGCUCCCUCGUGUCUUUGCAGUGCUUAUUAUUAUCGGGAUGUCACUCGUUGAUAGAAAUCCCAGUCUCCAUCGGAAAGUUGGCAUUAUUGACCGAGCUGCAUUUAAAAUCUACAGGGAUUAUGGAAUUGCCUGAAAGCAUGAAGAAUAUGCGGAAUUUGAGGAUGUUGGACAUUAGUGGAACUCCCAUGACAGAAUUACUUGAUGAUCGGGAAAUAUUGGCAGAACUCCAAGAGUUGAAAGCUUCAGGAGGAAAAAAUCCGGAAGGACCAGGUGAACUGGUUUCGCCAAACAAUCUUGAUUUAGACAAGCUUCAAAAACUGUCAGAACUGCGCUCUCGCGUACUUGCUUUAGUUCUCUUAAAGCGUCCCAGGACUUCUCCUGCCAACAACUCAGCCAUGGUCUACCAAACAGCAGAUUCUGAACAUGUUUUGAAGAGACCAAGACCUUUUGGAACAUCAGAUGAAGUAAAUAAUUUACCGGUAAACAUUCUGCCUGUCACAUACAACUGCCAGAGCCUCUGUCAGAAUUCUUCAGAUGACUUGCCCAGAAAUGUAGUCAUUACCCUAAGUCAAGAUUCACCUGUUAAGAGUAUGGAUUUCCAUCCAGUGCAACAAAUUCUGCUGCUUGUGGGAACAAAUAUGGGCGAUGUCAUGGUAUGGGAAGUAGGCAGCCAUGCAAGGAUUGCUUUGAGAAAAUUCAAGGUUUGGGAUCUGGGAAAAUGUUCAAUGGCGCUGCAGGCUUCUCUGGCCAAUGAUUAUACAGCAUCGGUUAACCGUGUAAUGUGGAGUGCUGAUGGAAAGUUUUUUGGGGUUGCUUAUUCCAAACAAAUGGUGCAUAUAUACUCAUAUCAUGGUGGUGAUGACAUAAGGAACCACCUUGAGAUUGAGGCUCAUGUUGGAAGUGUUAAUGAUCUUGCCUUUUCAUAUUUAAACGAACAGUUAUGUGUUGUGACCUCAGGAGAGGACAGGUCGAUCAAGGUAUGGGAUACAGUGACUGGGGCUAUGCAACGGAGUUUCGAGGGUCAUGAAGCACCUGUAUAUUCCAUAUGUCUACACCGCAAAGAAAAUGUUCAGUUCAUCUUCUCAACAUCAGCAGAUGGGAAAAUUAAGGCUUGGCUCUAUGACAACAAGGUGUCAAUAGUUGACUAUGAUGCACCGGGUCCCUCUUCUACCAAGAUCGCAUACAGCGCCGAUGGAACAAGGUUGUUCUCAUCUGGGACCAAUAAAGAAGGAGAGUCAUACUUGGUUGAAUGGAAUGAAAGUGAAGGGGCUGUCAACCGUACGUAUCAUGGACUUGGAAAGAGAUCUGGUGGGGUUGUGCAGUUUGAUACCACCAAAAACGGAUUUUUGGCUGCUGGUGACGAGUUCAUGGUCAAAUUUUGGCAUAUGGACAAUAAUAAUCUGCUGACAAGUACCGAUGCUGAGGGUGGAUUGCCGGCUUUCCCUUGUAUUAGAUUUAACAAGGAAGGAAUUCUAUUAGCUGUCUCAACAAGCGACGAUACUAUCAAAAUUUUAGCAAAUGCUGAUGGGAUUAGGCUGCUACGGACAGUGGACAAUCGGCCUUUUGAUGCUUCUAGAGUCACUCCUGGACCUCUUAUGAAGCUGCAGCUACCGGCAACUGCAACACUUGGUUCUGGUAAUGCUACUGUUGGGGCAAGCCUGGGUGAUAGAUGUGCUCCAGUGGCAGCAAUGGUUGGUAUGAACAAUGAGGGCAUGGCCGAUGUGAAGCCCAGAAUUGCUAACGAGUCAGGAGACAAAUGGCAAAUUUGGAAACUGACAGAAAUCAAUGAACCAUCACAAUGCUGCUCCAUGAGGCUACCUGAUGACUCAACAGCUACGACGGUCUCGAGAUUAAUCUAUACAAACUCAGGUCAUGCCAUUCUGGCUUUAUCAUCGAAUGCUGUACACAAGCUCUGGAAAUGGGCAAGAAAUGAUCAGAACUUAACAGGCAGGGUAAGGAAUCUUUCUUUUCAUGAAAUUGGCAAGGCUACAACUAGUGUAGUACCACAGUUAUGGCAACCUUAUGGCGGGAAUUUGAUGACCAAUGACACAAGCGAUACAAAUCCUGAAGAUGCAGUUCCGUGCUUUGCACUGUCAAAGAAUGAUUCUUAUCUAAUAUCAGUAUCAGGGGGGAAGAUCUCUUUGUUCAAUAUGAUGACUUUUAAGACGAUGACAAAAUUUAUGCCCCCACCACCACCAAAUAAUGGCAUUAUUGCAAUAGGAAUGGAGGACUCCUCUAUUCAAGUUUACGAUGUUCAUGAUGAUGAGGUCCAGACAAAACUAAAAGGACAUAAGAGAAUAGUCAUAGGCUUUGACCUCUCAACUCCCUUAACUGUUCUCGUGUCUUCUGGCUCUAACUCUCAGACAAUAACAACAUUUAUUCGCGCACGACAAGCAGCAACAUUUCUGGCAUUCCUUCCUGGAAACAGUUUCAUUAUUGCAAUGGGGAUGGAGGACUCCUCUAUUCAAAUCUACGAUAUAGUAUCUCGUCAGGUCAAGGUAAUACUAAGAGGACAUCAGAAAAGAAUAACAGGCCUUGCCUUCUCUAAUGUCCUAAAUGUUCUCGUGUCUUCUGAUGCUGACUCUCAGUUGUGUGUUUGGAGCACUGAGGGAUGGGAGGAGGAGGAGCCGCCUAGUAAGUUUCAGCAGAUGCUGACUAGGCGAAGCACAGCUCCUCUUGCUAUUACUCGUGUUCAAUUUCACGUGGAUCAGAUACAUCUGCUGGUGGUUCAUGAAACACAGAUCGCCAUAUAUGAAGCUCCUAAACUAAAAUGCCACAAGCAGUGGGUUACUCGAGAAGCUAGCGGUCCAAUCACAGAUGCUACAUAUUCAUGCAAUGGCCAAUCAAUAUAUUUGAGCUUUAAAGACGGAAGCAUCGGUGUUCUUACUGCUUCUGAACUCAGAUUGAGAUGCCGUAUAAAUCCUGCCGCUUAUAUCCCUUCAAACCCCAGCUCGAGAGCCUACCCGCUAGUCAUUGCAGCACAUCCAUCUGAACCUAACCAGUUUGCACUAGGGCUUACCGAUGGCAGCGUCUAUGUGCUUGAGCCAUUGGAAUCUGAAGGAGAGUGGGGUACUUCUCCUCCUGUUGAAGAUGGAACUGGGCCUAGCAUGACCUCCGGCGCAACCAGUUCAGAUCAACCCCAAAGGUAGUGCAGGCCAUGUCUCUUCCUGUGGAACAUUGAGCAUUAAAAUGUGGAGCCGGUUUUCCUUCGCCGGACUCGAUUCAAGUUUUUGAGGGAUGCUGCAGAGGGUAGAUUUUCCAGCCUCGGGGGUACUUCCUCUGGACAUAUAGUUCAGUACAGUAUGCCUUGAGUGGUACAAUAAGCAUCCUAUUCGACUUCUCCUCAAGUCUUGCGGUGAUAAUUUGUUUUGUUGUGUUCAUUUAGGCUGAUUUGAAAGUGUAAAAAAGAAGAACAUGAGAUUAGGGUGUUGCUUAGAAGGCGUUGUGUAUUCAAGCUGGAGGCAGAUAUCCAACUUUAGUUCGCAAGCUAAAAGCUCGGUCUCAAUGCUUAUGGUUACAAAGUUUGAAUUAAUGAGACAGAAGUGGAAUGAACGCAUAUAUGGAAAGAAAUUCCGAUAACCAUAAUUCAUGAUCUUAGUGUAUCUAAGCCCACGCUAACCCCAUCUUAUUAUUCUUAUUAUUAUUUAUCCGUUUUUCCUCUUUUCUUA